GGGGGCGGUGGCAGAUCCCGUAAGUCGGCCGGCCGCGUAGUCGCUGCAGCCGCAGCCGCCGCCGCCACAUUCAACAGGCAGCAGCGCCGCGGUCGGGCCGCCGGGGAGAGCGAGCGGCCCGCGGCGUCCGUCCGUCCUUCCGUCCGCGGGCCCUGUCAGCAGGAGCGCGGCGCCCGCGCUGCCCGGGCCCGGCGACUCUGGCCUGCCGUCCCGUGCGUGCACCGAACCCGGAGGAGCCUCGAUUUUGAUGGACCCGCGAAGUUAAGUUCUGGGCUCGCGCUUCUACUCUGCCGCGCCUUCCUCCCGGUUUCUGUCCGCUCGCCGCGCCGACCUCGCCCCCCGAAAUCUUGGACCGGCUCUUCGCGCCCCCUCCCCUUGGUCCCCGGGGCUGCGCUGUACCCCUUCUUGGCUCUCCCGCGGCUGGGGGAGGGGCGGGGGUCACCAUGGCCGAAGCGCCCCAGGUGGUGGAGAUCGACCCGGACUUCGAGCCGCUGCCCCGGCCGCGCUCGUGCACCUGGCCGCUGCCCAGGCCGGAGUUUAGCCAGUCCAACUCGGCCACCUCCAGCCCGGCGCCGUCGGGCGGCGCGGCCACGAACCCCGACGCCGCCGCGGGCCUGCCGUCGGCCUCGGCCGCUGCUGUCAACGCCGACUUCAUGAGCAACCUGACCCUGCUGGAGGAGAGCGGGGACUUCCAGCAGGCGCCCGGCUCCGUGGCGGCGGCGGCAGCGGUGGCGGCGGCGGCGGCCGCAGCUGCCGCCACCGGGGGGGCUGUGCGGGGAGUUCCAGGGCCCGGAGGCGGGCUGCCUGCACCCGGCGCCGCCGCAGCCCCCGCCGCCCGGGCCGCUGUCGCAGCACCCGCCCGUGCCCCCCGCCGCCGCCGGGCCGCUCGCGGGGCAGGCGCGCAAGAGCAGCUCGUCCCGCCGCAACGCGUGGGGCAACCUGUCGUAUGCGGACCUCAUCACCAAGGCCAUCGAGAGUUCGGCGGAGAAGCGGCUCACGCUGUCGCAGAUUUACGAGUGGAUGGUCAAGAGCGUGCCCUACUUCAAGGAUAAGGGCGACAGCAACAGCUCGGCGGGCUGGAAGGAGAGCAGCUGCCUGUAUUUGCCUAGAAUUUCUUUGGGGAGCCUGAACUGUUUGCGUUUUUCUGGAACACUCUGCCCUUGGAAACUACCCAGUACCCUGGCAUCAUGGGAAUUUACUCGGUCAGUUUUUGUGUGUGUGUGCGUGCUGUAACUUUGGGGCUUCCUGGAGUACUCUUGGAAAGGCAGUAUAAACCCCAUGGUGAUUGGAGAGGGCAAAGGAGUUUGCCGUCGUAGGGAGCAUGGAGUGAGCAGAGUGGAUUCAGCCCUGCUUCUCUACCGUUCAAGAUUUACCCUGGGCUUCAUAGGAACAACUUGCAGAGACUUGCCUAGCCCCCCCGGGGCCUCCCUUGGGUCAGAUAACUACCCUUUUUUGGUGCAUACAAAAUUGUGAAGUUGAUGUGGUUGUUUCUCAGUGGUGAAACAGAGAGGACCAGAUGAACUUGGAAAAAUGUUUACUUUCCGUGUCUAAGAGAUAAAGGUUUGUAUUCCAAUGGAUAUG